AAGGAUCCGGUGGAGUAUUGGGCUCUAGCCGUGUAUGAGUGUGGUUCGGGUGAACAGCUGAGUAGGCCGGGAAGUGGGCCUCAGGGAUAGCUUCGGUACUGGGUGCAAACUAGCUGUAGUGGUCCAGGGAUUACGGCAGGAAUCUGGCGUUGUUAUGGAGAGACAGCUCGAUACUGUUAGACUGGCGAGUAUUAUCCAGGCUAAAAAAACUGGCUGGCUGUGCAGAAGAUUCUUAUUGGAAACGCAUACACUUCAGUUGGUUGUGUUGCGCUGCCUAUGUUAAAGAAAAUGAAGGAUUAUCGUAUGCGAGGAGUGGUCGGACACCUUUUCAACAGAUGGGUGGUCUGUCUGUUCCUGGAACUCCAGUCGGCUGUCUCCAGUGCGGAUCAUCCGGUUCUUGUUGUUGGUUCAACGGACCCUGUUCGUGGCAUAGUUGGCGGGGAUGUCAUCUUGCCUUGUUUCCUGAGACCUACCACGAGUGCUGUUGAAGAGUCCGUAGAGUGGCAGAGACCAGUCCUAGAGCCAAAAGAGGUGCAUUUGUACCGAGACUGUAGUGAUGACAAUGUGAUCCAGAAUCCAUCCUACAGUGGAAGGACGUCACUGUUCAGGGAAGAACUGAAGAACGGCAACGUCUCGCUAAAGCUGACCAAUGUGAAACUCUCCGAUGCUGGAAAUUACACCUGUUACAUACCAACGUUAGGCCACCAGAAAACCACCAUUGAACUCUAUGUCGGCGAGGAUGGGACUCCUUCAUCCUCCCUCCAACCCACCCAACCGCCCCUGAAAGACCAAUCUUGGGAAGUCAGGGGUGCAGCCCCUCGGCCAUGGCUCUCCAUUGUGAGAACCAAAGACAAGGAAGUGGUCCUGAAGUGUGAGGCUGAAGGGUUAGUCUAUAAGCCUGAGUUGGUGUUGCUGAACAGUAAGGGAACCAUCCUCCCUGCUGAUGAACCUAUAGAGAGACCCCUGGACUCCGAGGGCUUGUACACAGUGACACGCUAUUUCACUGUCCAGAAGACUGCCACCAAUGUGUUCACCUGUCAAGUUCAACAGCUGGAGAUCAAACACAUGAGGGAGACACAGAUUCAUGUUCCAGACAAAAUGUUUCAGGAGGAAUACCCCUUGGGAUGGAAAGUUGGAAUUGGAUUUCUAGGGGCUGUUGUAGGAGCUGUUGUAGGAGCUGUUGUAGGAGCUGUUGUAGGAGCUGUUCAUGCGGAGAAACGCGGAAGAAACCAAUGGCGGGUAUGCAGCGGGUUGUAGCGGGAUUGCCCUCCUCCAGGUUCCUGUUCUCGAUAACUUCAAUGUAAAUGGCCAUCCUAAUGGUGUGUGUGUGUCACAACCUGGAGAAUGGGACAGCCAACAUAUCCUUGAUUGAUUCCACCAGCCACCCUCGGCGACGUAAUGAGAGAGACACUUUUAUCACCUACAGUGAAGCCGCUCAACAUUUACCAUACCAGACAGUCGUGAAGAGGUAUGGUAUGGCAACUGCUUGGCUUCCGACCACAAUGCGCUACAGAGGGUAGUGCGUACUAGAGGUCUACAAGUGUUCAGUUGUCAUUGUCCAAAAAUAUUUUGAAAAUAGUAUUUAUUACCUUGUAAAGUUUUUAAUUGUGUAUUAAAAUGAAAACAUGGAUUUUUUUACAUAAGAGAUGUAUGUGGUCAGUUUUUUUAAUAGAAUGCAGCAAGUAGUCCAAUUCAUCUGUGGUGUUGUUGCUGAUGGGAGAAGGGAAAAAAAACACAAAAAUGUAUUGAAGUCACUUGUUAAUGCAAGUUUCAAUGGCAUUUCAUAGAAUCAAUACCAAUUUAAUUCUAUUAAUUUCUCAUGUUUCAUCAGGAACAGGGAAAAUACUUGUAACGAGCUUAAUGUUUGCCAUUCUGUAUGAACAAAAGUUUCCUACCAAGAACUUGGCACUGAUGUUCCUGGAGAAACUCUUGCUUGGUUGAGUAGUGGGACAGGAGGGACGCGACCGAGUCUGUGGGUUCUUGGCACUGUGUGGGAAAACAUAAAUCAAAUAGUUACUUAGUAAUACACGGUACAAUGCAAUGUCAUAUUCCCAUAUACACCCCACUGUAUCUUGUGCAUAUGCCAAAUAAAUGUUGAUUGAUUUGAUAAUA